UUGAUACGUGCAGUGACCCCGCCGGUGCUCGCUGGCAGUGGCUUCUUUGGCAAUGCAACUACCAGGGAUCAUUUGAUGCAUCAGAACAAUACCAAUGACCCCGAGUCAAUUAAUCUAAGUAGAACAAUAGCUCGGAAUUAUCAACGUGCGCCUAUCUCCACCCACAACUUUUCUGCCUUUUGCCGGCCGCUCGACCUCUCCACAAUCCACUCCACCGCAUGAUCCACUCUGCCGUCAGUUGCUGCUGGGCAAUAUAUCCUGGUCUUACUUAGUCGAGCCUUGACAAAAAAAUAACAAUCCCAACAAAGGCACACCCCCCGAUACAAACUCAGUCAUCUUCAUGAGCGAAUUGCAGAAGUCCUUUGCCAAAUCCAAAUUGGCCAACAAGCUUUCGCGCCGGACCCCCCCUGACGCCCUGUCCGCGUCUCCAUCCUCUCCCAUGUAUUCACUCAACGAGGAACAGGGAGAGUCCAGCCACGAUGAGGAGUAUUCUUCAGCAUCAUCCACUGGCACCAUCAUUCCUUCUCCUAGCCGAAAUCUAUUUGCCAGACCCAACGGCGGUCGCGGAUCCUCCCAAACAAGCCUGAGCUGGACCGACUUCUUCACUCAAGACCUACAUCUCACCCAGGUCGACUCCAGCACCAAGACUCGCAUCACCCACCAUGUCUAUCUCACGCCCCCUGCCGACUCCGGCGGUCCGCUCUUCGUCAUGCACCACGGUGCCGGUUCCUCAGGGCUUUCUUUCGCUGCGUGCGCCGAGGAGAUCCGCAAGCUCCUCCCCAAAGCAGGCAUUCUAUCUCUCGAUGCUCGUCACCACGGUAGCACAGAGGUGACGACCUGCACCAACGAGGGGAAGGCCGACGAACCAGCCGCCCAAGAAGACUCAUCGGCUCUUGAUCUCAGCCUUGAGACGCUCAAUCGGGAUCUCGUUUUUGUGGUCCGCGAGACCCAGCGCAAGAUGGGAUGGGACCAGCUUCCGGAUUUGGUUCUCGUUGGACACAGUCUAGGAGGAGCUGUGAUCACCGACGUCGCCAAGUCAGGCGACUUGGGGUCCAAAGUGUUGGCCUAUGCGGUCCUCGAUGUUGUAGAGGGCUCCGCGAUGGAUGCCCUCCAAAGCAUGGAAACAUACCUCCUAACCCGCCCCUCCCGCUUCCCUUCCAUCGCAUCCGGCAUAGAAUGGCACACCCGCUCCCGUACAAUCCGCAACAAAACCUCCGCCCGUAUCUCCGUUCCUUCGCUGCUCUACGAACAAUCCCCGCCCACAGACCCCACCAAACCCUGGAUCUGGCGCACCAAUCUGUCCGCGACCAAACCGUUCUGGGAGAAUUGGUUCAUUGGCCUGAGCCGGAAGUUCCUCGAUGCGCGCGGCGGCAAACUACUCUUGUUGGCGGGCACCGAUCGACUGGAUAAGGAGUUGAUGAUUGGACAAAUGCAAGGCAAAUACCAAUUGCAGGUUCUUCCGGAAGCGGGUCAUUUCAUUCAGGAGGACCAGCCGGCAAAGACGGCGCAGAUCCUGGUGGACUUCUACAAGAGGAAUGAUCGAAGUGCGUUGGUGCUGCCGCCGAAGGUGGCCGACCUGCAGGCCCAGGCGGCCAUGAAGAAGGGAGAUGGGGUGGGGAUGGGCUUUGCGGCUGGGAGCAUGAAGAGGGUGUGAAGGUUUUUCAGUGCUAGACUAUAUAUGCCUUGAACAUUCUAUCGAUAUGUGUACGAGUGUACGUGCGACAUGGCCGUGGAAAAAAAGGAGUACAGAUACAAUGAAUCCUGUAAU